ACCAAUGACUUGAAGGAGUAGCGGAGCGGGUUUAAGCCCGCAGUUGCUAAGCGCUAUCCGAGUAGGAGGUGCUUUAAGAGAUGAGGUGAAGUGUGGUUCAGUGCCUCUUCAUGUCACCAUCUUUCUGACCCGCGGAAGUUAAGCUACUGAGAGGCGGGCCCAGAGCCGGAAGCAGGAAGGAGGGCGCAGGAAGCAGGGCGCCGCAGCCAGUUGUACUGUCGGUCCGUGAGUCUGUCGGUUCCUAGGGCAGGAUGGAGAAGCUGCGGCUCCUGGGCCUCCGCUACCAGGAAUACGUGACUCGUCACCCGGCCGCCACAGCCCAGCUGGAGACGGCAGUGCGGGGCCUCAGUUACCUGCUAGCAGGUCGCUUCGCCGAUUCGCACGAGCUGUCAGAGCUGGUGUACUCUGCCUCUAACCUGCUUGUGCUGGUCAAUGAUGGCAUCCUACGGAAGGAGCUUCGGAAAACAUUGCCUGUGUCGCUGUCCCAGCAGAAGCUGCUGACAUGGCUGAGCGUGCUGGAGUGUGUGGAGGUGUUCAUGGAGAUGGGGGCCGCCAAGGUGUGGGGCGAAGUGGGCCGUUGGCUCGUCAUUGCCCUCAUCCAGCUGGCCAAGGCUGUACUGCGGAUGUUCCUGCUGAUCUGGUUCAAGGCUGGCCUCCAGACCUCACCCCCCAUCGUCCCGCUGGACAGGGAGACCCAGGCGCAGGCUCCGGAUGGUGACCACAGCCCUGGCAACCAGGAGCAAUCAUAUGUGGGGAAGCGAUCAAACCGGGUAGUGCGAACCCUCCAGAACACUCCUUCCCUGCACUCGAGGCACUGGGGAGCCCCCCAGCAGCGGGAGGGACGGCAGCAGCAACCUGAGUUGCUGAGCGGCACCCCCACCCCACUGGGGCUGCAGGAGACCAUCGCGGAGUCCCUGUAUAUUGCCCGGCCCCUGCUGCACUUGAUUAGCCUGGGCCUAUGGGGUCAGCGGUCGUGGACACCCUGGCUUCUGUCUGGUGUUGUGGACGUGACCAGCCUGAGCCUUCUGAGCGACAGGAAGGGCCUGACCAGAAGGGAGCGGCUGGAGCUGCGGCGCCGGACCAUCCUGCUGCUCUAUUACCUGCUGCGCUCCCCGUUCUACGACCGCUUCUCUGAGGCCAGGAUCCUCUUCCUGCUCCAGCUGCUGGCAGACCAUGUCCCUGGCGUUGGCCUGGUCACAAGGCCGCUCAUGGACUACUUGCCCACCUGGCAGAAAAUUUAUUUCUACAGUUGGGGCUGACAGACACCCCUCUCAUGGGGUGCAGGGAGGGGCGGGGCAGCGUGCUCCACUGCUCUGGGCAGGGGGAGCCUUCAGCCCUUCAAUCCCCCUUCCCUAAUAAAACUGACUCAGGCAGUGA